GGGUUUUUUUCCCCUUCGGUGCUCUCUCUCUCUGUAAGUCGUUCCGUGGGGUGAUCUCCAUCGCAGACAUACGCGUUGGUGUUCCAAGCUCCCAAGCCAGAUUUAUCCCGUACCACGCGCCCUGUAUAGUCUAGCCUACAUCUCAAUGGGACUGGCAGGAUUCGACCAAAAGCGCGAGAAAACCCUCUGCCGCCGUCAUGGCUGCGCAGCAAACCAGCACGAGCUGGGACCACGAGUACAACACGCUGCGCCGAGAGAAUCUCUUCAAGAACCCGCCUACCGACCACUCCGCGUAUCCUCUAUUGCAGGAGGCCGUGAAUCCUCAUAUCGAGUCCUUCGACGCGCUGUUCAGGAGCGACGGCUUGAUCGCGCACGGGCUCGCUGACAUUGGCACCAGGCUCUUUCUAGACGGCAGCGAUCGCGCCCCGCCCGCCGGGAAAAACAAGUUGAGGAUCAAGUGCAAGAGCGUACACCUCCAGAAGUCACAAUUGCCUCCCACAAAUAAAUUCGUCGUCAGGAAUCGUGAUAUUCUUCCGUCGGAAUGCAGAGAGCGGCAUGUGUCGUACCGGGGGAAGCUGUCGGCUACCUUUGAGUACAGUAUCAACGGCGGCGAAGUAAAGGAAUUCACGCGGGAGAUCGGCCAACUCCCGAUCAUGGUGAAGUCAAGCCGCUGCCAUCUUCGAGGCAAUAGUCCGGCGCAGCUGGUCGCGCGCAAGGAGGAGUCCGAAGAAAUGGGCGGAUACUUUAUCGUAAAUGGCAUCGAGAAGAUCAUACGGCUUCUCCUCGUAAAUAGGAGAAAUUUCCCCCUGGCUAUCAACCGCCCGAGCUUCACCAAUCGCGGCCCUUCCUACACGCCCUACGGCAUCAUACUCAGAUCGGUGCGGCCGGACGAGACCUCGCAGACCAACGUCCUCCACUACCUAAACGACGGCAAUGUGACGUUCCGCUUCUCGUGGCGGAAGAAUGAGUAUCUUGUCCCGGUUAUGAUGGUCCUGAAGGCCCUGGUAGAAACGAACGACAGAGAAAUUUUCGAGGGCCUGAUUGGGUCUGCCAACUCAAAGGGCAUCAAGAACACCUUUCUCACCGACCGUGUCGAGCUCUUGUUACGGACCUACAAGACUUAUGGGAUCUAUACAAUGGCUCAGACCCGGGCGUACCUUGGAGAGAAAUUCCGACCGGUGCUGGGCGUGCCGGAUACGUUGUCGCACUACGAAGUGGGCACCGAAUUCUUGCGCAGGAUCGUGCUGGUCCACCUCGGAAACAUCGACGUCACCGAGGAGCAAGAUUCGGACAAAUUCCGCAUGCUGUUGUUUAUGAUUAGAAAGCUUUACGCUUUGGUCGCGGGCGACUGCGCCGUGGACAACCCCGAUGCAGUCCAGAACCAAGAGAUCCUCCUAGGCGGGUUCUUGUACGGCAUGAUCAUCAAGGAGAGAUUGGAGGAAUUGCUCGCCGUAGGCCUUCGAGGUGCGCUGCGGGAAUACUUACGAAAGUUCCCGACGCGGUCAUUUACUUCGGACGAGUUUGCUCGGGACUUUCCCAUCAAGAUUUUCCAAAAGGUCAACGAGAACGUUGGCAAUGCCCUGGAAUACUUCUUGUCAACUGGCAACUUGUCGAGUCCGUCUGGCCUGGACUUGCAACAAACGUCGGGGUUCACGAUUGUCGCCGAGAAGCUCAACUUCCUCCGUUUCAUAAGCCAUUUUCGAAUGAUCCAUCGAGGAAGCUUCUUUGCUCAGCUAAAGACCACGACCGUUCGAAAACUGUUGCCCGAAUCUUGGGGCUUCCUCUGCCCCGUGCACACCCCGGACGGUGCUCCCUGUGGCCUCUUAAACCACCUGGCUCAUAAAUGCAAGAUAAUGACCCAAACGGUUGACGCAUCGGCAAUCCCGGCGCUGGCCGCUGAGCUCGGGGUGGUUGACACAUCCUCAGCCGCCACGGACGAAAGCGUCGUGGUGAUGUUGAAUGGAAAGAUCAUUGGUUGGUGCCACCCAUCUGAGUCGCGCCGAAUAGCAGAUACGUUUCGAUACUGGAAAGUUGAGGGCACCCAUGGCGUCCCUCUACACCUCGAAAUAGGCCUCGUGACACCAUCAAACGGAGGGUCUUACCCGGGUAUAUAUAUGUCUUCCGAGCCCGCCAGGAUGGUUAGACCUACAAGAUACCUCCCACUAGAGAAGGAAGACUUCGUCGGCCCCCUUGAACAGCCGUACAUGUCUAUUGCCUGUACCGAGCAAGAAAUCGUCCCAGGAGAGUCUACACACGUAGAACUUGACCCUACGAACAUUCUUUCGAUAUUGGCCAACAUGACCCCUUUCUCGGACUUCAACCAGUCGCCAAGAAAUAUGUACCAGUGUCAGAUGGGUAAACAGACGAUGGGGACCCCGGGAACGUCGUUAGCCUACCGGACGGAUAAUAAAAUGUACCGCAUUCAGACCGGGCAGACGCCUAUCGUUAGGUCACCGCUACAUAACGCAUACGGCUUCGACAACUUCCCCAAUGGUAUGAACGCCGUCGUUGCUGUGAUCUCUUAUACGGGCUACGAUAUGGAUGACGCCAUGAUCUUGAAUAAAUCAGCUCACGAGCGAGGGUUUGGACACGGCACCAUCUACAAAACAAAAAAGUAUACCCUGAAGGAGGAAAGCCGCACCAGGACGGCCAGGAACGUGACUAAAAUGUUCGGCUUCGCGCCCGGCAGCAUCGUGAAGGCAACAACGCAGACCAUGCUUGACAGCGACGGCCUACCGCACGUCGGACGGACAGUCCAAGAGGGUGACGUUCUCUUCGCCUAUCACACGGUCUCUGCGGACUAUAGCGGCAACUUGGUGAAUCGAGACGGCGUCACAAAGUUCGAGAGAUACAAGGACUCGGAGCAAGGGUUCAUCGAGGAGGUCCGGCUCAUUGGCAGCGAGCAAGGCAACGAGCUUGCCCAGACUAUCUCGAUCAAGUUCCGCAUCCCUCGAUCGCCGCUAAUCGGAGACAAGUUUUCUUCGCGUCACGGCCAAAAGGGUGUCUGCUCACAGAAAUGGCCCUCUGUCGAUAUGCCGUUCUCGGAGUCUGGCAUACAACCGGACAUCAUCAUCAACCCUCACGCCUUCCCCUCUCGAAUGACGAUCGGCAUGUUUGUCGAGUCGCUAGCUGGGAAAGCGGGCGCGCUUCACGGGCUAGCGCAGGAUUCGACGCCCUUCCGCUUCGACGAAGAGAACACGGCUGCCGACUACUUCGGGCAUCAACUGAUGAAGGCCGGGUACAACUUCUACGGAAACGAACCCAUGUACUCCGGCAUCACCGGCGAAGAGCUGGCCGCCGAUAUCUACAUCGGCGUCGUGUACUACCAGCGAUUACGACAUAUGGUAAACGACAAGUACCAGGUCCGGACGACGGGGCCGGUAGUCCAGACGACAGGACAGCCGAUCAAGGGCAGAAAGCGAGGCGGCGGUAUCCGCGUGGGCGAGAUGGAGCGAGACGCGCUGCUGGCCCACGGCACGGCAUUCCUCCUCCAAGACCGGCUCCUCAACUGCUCGGACUAUACGCCCUCGUGGAUCUGCCGCCGGUGCGGCUCGUUCUUGUCUAUGCAGCCGACGGUGUCUCCUUUUGCCGGCAAGAAGAGGACGGCGACCACGGUCCGAUGCCGCAACUGCGCCACCCGCGUGGAUCAGAUCAGCGACGUCGACUUGAGCAAACUUGACGGCGAGAUAUGGGAAGACGGACACGGGAACCAGUGGGUUGGAGGCGAAGACACGGUCAGGGUAGCAGUUCCCGGGGCGCUGAAGUACCUGGACGUGGAACUGGCGGCUAUGGGUGUCAAACUAAAAUACAGGGUCGACCCGAAAGACGCCCCACGCAAGGGUCGGCUGAUACGAACAAAAUGGGACGGUGUGUCGGUAGGGGAGAAGGCAAACGGCCUCCCGCCCGCCGUCGAUACUGCGGCAUAGAGUACCUGUCAACUGGCGGGAAAAGGAAAAGGGUGAAAGAUUUGCCCGGGUUGCAUUAGGCGGGGUUAAAGGAGUUGGGGGUUUUCUCUUCUUUUUGGGUUCCCGGCCGCGGACGGGUCUGGCCCUAGGCACGAUACAAACAGAGAAUCGAUGUAUGAAACCAGAUAUCUACCUACGAUGCCUUCUUCAAGCAGUUGCCAGCCCGCCGUGAUGUCGACCAGCACAGCCAGCCACAGUCACGGUAUGUCAUGUGGGUAGCCCGGGACACGGCCAUGCAACCAGCCGACAUGUGGGCUGACUCGUAUUCUU